AUGAAGCCCGUCCCCUCCCCCGUGCGCUCCCACCAGGAAGACGCAGAGAGCGAGGAGCUGAGCUUGUUCGACGACGACGCCACCGACAUCCUGGAGGCCGCCAACCAGGUGCAGCUGAACGACCGGCGCGACAACCAGCAGCCCAAGGCCGACGCCGACUUCUUCAACCGCUUUGACGACGACGCCGACGAGGCCGACAUGCGCCCCGCCGCCUGA